CCACAUACUUCACUAGAUUUAGUUCUGCCGGUUAACAUAGCACCAGGAUGCUCGGCUGGUAAGGCUAGAGGAGACUCUAGGUUAUUCGGGGACAUUCUCGUCCCCGUUGCUUAGGAAGAAGUGGUCCUAAAAUGAACCACCGGACCUUGCUGCUGGCAGAUUAGCGAAGAUACCCAAGCCGCGCCUCAUCCUCACCCACACUCUCCCGCUCCCCAGUAACUGUAAAGUGCAAAAGAGCUGGCCGGGGCCUGCAGAGAGCGCAGCGCCUCCAAGCCUGGCACGCUUUUCCCCUUCCCUCCCCCCGGGGAGCGAUCCCGGCGUCUCCCCGCGUGAUGUCAGUGGGAUCCUGAGCCCCAUCCCGCUUCACGGCUGGGGGCGGGCAGACGGUGCCUCCCCACGCGGAGCAGAGCGGGGUGUCGCUCGCGGGGCCGCGGCGCCCCAGGCCCAGCCCCCCGCCCCCCGGGCGUCCGCUCUCGGGCGCCGGGGUCCCCGGCAGCCGCGUGCGCCGCCCCCGCCACGCUCCGCCCCGGACGCCGCGGGUCCCCGCGCGAGGGUGCGCUGGGGGGUGGGAGCGGGCCCCGGCUUAGCCUGAUUUACGGCUCUGCUGAAAACCGCUUCGCUCCCGCAGCAGUAGCACCGGCCGCGGCGGCAGCAGCAGCGGCUGCAGCUGCAGCAACAAGUCGGGACUUGAAGAGUAAUGCAACAGAAGGCUUUUGAGGAAAGCAGAUACCCCUGGCAGGAGUCCUUCGAGAAUGUUGCUGUGUGCCUGCCAUUCCGCUGCCCGAGGUGUGGAGACCAUACCAGAUUUAGAAGUCUGUCCUCGUUGAGGGCCCAUCUGGAAUUCAGUCACAGCUACCAGGAAAGAACCCUCUUGACCAAAUGCAGCCUCUUUCCGUCCUUCAAAGACACAGACCUAGUCACUUCCUCAGAACCCCUGAAGCAGGGGAAACUGCAGGGCACCGGCCACGUGGUGAAGCAGAAACCCAGCUAUGUGAACUUGUACAGCUUCUCGCACGAACACUCCAAGGACAGGAAGCCAUUCGAGGUGGUGGCCGAGCGGCCCGUGUCCUACGUGCAGACCUACACGGCACUGGACCUGCGUGCAGACUCGCUGGAGGGGCCGCGCUCCAGUCCCGGACUGCCCACCCCGGACACCAAAGCCGCUUUCGAGGCUCAUGUCCGAGAAAAAUUCAACCGGAUGGUCGAGGCCGUGGACAGGACCAUCGAGAAGAGAAUCGAUAAGCUCACCAAAGAGUUGGCCCAGAAAACUGCCGAACUGUUGGAAGUUCGGGCGGCCUUUGUGCAGCUGACGCAGAAAAAGCAGGAGGUGCAGAGGAGAGAGCGGGUCCUGAACCGCCAGGUGGAUGUGGCGGUGGAGAUGAUCGCUGCGCUGAGGCAGCGCCUGACCGAGUCCGAGGAGGAGCUGCUGCGGAAGGAAGAAGAAGUCGUUACAUUCAACCAUUUCUUGGAAGCAGCAGCUGAGAAGGAGGUUCAAGGGAAAGCUCGGCUCCAGGACUUUAUUGAGAAUCUGUUGCAGCGGGUAGAGCUGGCGGAAAAGCAGUUAGAGUACUAUCAAACCCAGCAGGCCGCUGGCCUCUGCCGAGACAUCAGCGAGCACGUGCUGAGUGUUCUGUACCCCGAGACCAAGCUGCAGCCUCUGUCUUCAAAACCAAUAGUGUUGCCUGGGGCUGGGACGGAAAACCCCAUCAAAACCUUCCAACCACGAAACUCUUUGAUCAACACCCAUCACCAGUUCCGGGUCUGAAGGGCUGGAACAGCAGCAGAUGGCACGUCUAGUGCCCCGUGAGCCAGGGCCUGGCAAUGCUGCAGACGUGACUCAGCCCUUCCCUGUUUCCCUGGGAGUAGCAGCAGCCACUGUGGGCUGUGGACAUGACUGUUCCCUUGCUGGCCUCACUUUUCCACCUCCUGCUGCUUCGGUGCCCUUUGAUGACUAAAUAUACGUCCUUACCUUUCGACCAGGUGUUUGAAGCUUUCACUGGACACUGCUUUCUAAAGUAGUUUCUGAAACGGUGCAUGUGGGGUCCACAGUCUGAGACUGUUCUCCUGUCCCUCCCUAAAAUAGCCUUCGUUUCCACAAAGAACCAUCUCCUAAGGGCCUCCUGCUUUAUGGUUCUCUUCAAGAAUGAAUUUCCAUGUUAAACUUUUUUUUUUUUUUUAACGUUAACAAUAUCAUCAGGUCUUCUGCAGAGUUUACAAGUGCUGACACCCUUCUGGAAAAAAGAGUAGUUAUGUCCACAAAUGUAUACAUAUACAUAUAUAUAUAUAUAACACAAAAUAUAUAUGUCAGGUAUAUUAAUAAUUUAUUUUUAAAUACUCAUGCAAAAGGUGUGUGUUUGUGGUGGGUGGUUUUUAAACUAUAUAUAUUAGUUCAUGUAAGCUGAAUUCUCUUACUUUGAAAAUUAAAACUGUAACCUAAUUAACAUUAGUAGAAUGAUUGUUAUUAUAAUAAACAUCAGAUUAGCAAUGCAUUAAAAAUAGGUAUAAUGCAGUUACUUAAAAUGCCAGUAAGUCGAAAAGUGUAACUUAUCAUUAUACAAACAUUUUGAACCUAUCAUAGUGAAAAUGUUGGUUUUUGAACCUUCACUUUGACAUCUGGCUCACAGGGGUGAGCCAUUCGUCUGGUGUAUAGGCAACUAUCAAGUGGGAAAAAAACAUUGCUGUGAAGUGAAUAUUACUGUUUAGGCUAACAUUGUAAAAAUUGUAGUGUUACAAUUAUUGUUUAUCUGGAGAGUUAAUCUCCCCCAAAGUUAUAUAUUACUGAUGUUUAUACCAUGAUUGCACUCUAGCCUUUUACAUACUAAAAAGUGGACUCGUUAGUUGUGUGGCAUGCCCUUUGUCCUGUAACACGUGUGUGCAAUGACAACAGCUUGUUUUUAAAGGCGGUAGAGCCAGAUUUUUUUCGUUUUAUUUAACAUAACCUACAUUUCCAGUUUUAAUUUAAUAUGCCUUGAGGGCAUGACAGCUCUCUUUGAUAGUGGUACUCUGUGAUCUUCAGAAAGCACCAUAAUGUCAUAGCUACUCGAUGUACAUUACACAAGACAAAUGACUUUUAAGAUUAUAUUAAAAAAUUCUUUUUAAUUCCAACUAAAUUCUGACUUUCAUACAAGGCACUGCAUUAUAUAUGUUGUGCAUCUUUAGAGACAUAAAUUUGCUGUUGAACAUGGGAGCUGGCUCACUUUAGGGGAUAUUUCACUUAUAUGCCAUGGCCUAGGCCAUGUACCAUGUCCCACUUGGGUCUUAUUUUUAAAUAUAUAUAUAUUU